CGCAACAAACUUUGUCGGGUUUAGACGAUACCGCGUUUACUAUUUAACGAUUUCUGCAGAUUCCCGUUUGUCUGCCGCUGUACGAUCUGUGUGCAACCCGUGUAAUCACAUCAUUAUAGAAUAAUUGUUCAGAAGAGAUACAUGUAUUAGAAAUCAUAGGUAAAGUCAUAUACUGUUUCUCUCUAAAAGAGUGAAAUAUAAUACUUUGCCUGCUUUUUGUGUCUUUGAAAGUUGCGCUCGCUCAGUCAUUUCCAAUUUCUAAACUCAUAAAACUGAAUAUUUUAUAGUGUGGAAAAAAACAACUCGUGUUGAUCAUUUCUAUUUAAGCGUUAUGUGCGGAACGUGUUUCCCACGAGCACUGUGGCGUUUCCAUGAUAAGAUACCAAACCGGUCCGACCGGAGCGCGGCCAGCGUAGAAAGUAGCGUUAGUCAACCAGCCCAUCAUAACCCUAAACCAUUAACCCACCCUAGCCGCAACUAGAACCAUAAAGCAGCGAAUUCUGCAGACGGCAAAGUCCUGUAGGUUACAGGGAAAAUGACCUGAGUGGUUUCACUUGAUGAAACGCAGCGUUUAUAUAUUUCACACGGACGCGACAUUAAAGCGGCAGAAGAUCACGGGAUGGCCAACAAGCCAUUCCGUGCGACAUUUAUCUGGAGCAGCAUCAUCACCAACCUGCAGGCAAACGUGGAGGUCAAGCGGAGGCGACACAACCUCAAGUUCCACAAUGACUGCUUCCUGGGCUCGGAAGCCGUGGACGUCAUCCUGGCUCACCUCAUCCAGAGCAAGUUCUUUGGAGAUGCCGAGAUUCCCCGGGCCAAGGUGGUCCGAGUGUGCCAAGCUCUGAUGGACUGCAAGGUGUUUGAAGCGGUGGGCAACCGAGGCUUUGGCAAGGAGAAGAAGCAGAUGACGUUUGAGGACAGCAGCUGCAGUCUGUAUAGGUUUCUGAACACGCAAACCUCCACGAACAGUCAUUGUUCUUCCAGUUUGCAGAAAUCGGUGUGCACUACUGCCUCUGGACGGUCAGACGAAUCAUUAUAUUCAAACGCCACGCCUGUCAAAACUGACAAGUCUUUUGAGGAGCUCUUGGGAAACUUAAACCUGAAUCCGAACAAUACGGCGCACAUUAUGAACCCAGAAUUAUCUCAGCCAUUGGUGAACGAAGUGUGGCAGGAGCAGACAAUCCUGCGGUUACUGCAGCUGAUAGAGCUCCCCCUUCUGGAUAGUUUGUUGGAAAGCAAGUCAGGCCCCCAGCCCCAACUUCACAGCAUGGACAGUGACCCCGACCUGUUGCAUACCAGCAACUACUUGGAUCGGGAGAUCCUGAAGGCUUUCAGUGACUCUCAGGCAGACCGCUGGCUUUCGGCUGCCGUCAACUGUCUGGAGUUCCUGCCUGACCGGCUGGUGGUGGAGGUGAGCUGUGGUCUGCCCAGAUGUUCGGACGACACCCAGCAGUGCAAGCGGCUCCUGUUUGACGUCCUUGCCAAGCACUAUGACCACCCACAGCAGCCGCCCCUACUCACCAACCGUCUCUUUGAUAUCCAUACUGGUGUUGCAGACCUGCUGGUGAAUGGGAAGCUGGAGCAAGCGCUGGAGGCCCUACAGCUGUGCUUGAAGCUCCUCAACGAACGCAACCGUGAGGAGCUGCGUAGACUGCUGUGUUUCAUGGCUGCAGCUGCAGACCCAGCUGAAGUCCGACUGCACAGGGAGAUCGAGAACAGGAUGGCGGUGAAACGGGCAUUUUCCAGGGCAGUCAUCAACCACAAAAACCUAGCAAAGGGAAAGGUGGAUCUGCUUCUGCUCUUCAUGCUUGACAAUCAUUGUGAUUUGUUCAAGAUACCCGGAUCAUUGCACAAGCUGGUUAGUGAAAAGCUUGCAAGCCUUCUACAAGGAAAGGAUACAGAUUCAGUAACCGGUUCUGCAUUUUGUCAGCGAGUCUCAAGCAAAACUUACACAGAAAAUGUUCAGAAAACUACAAAGGAGGAGCUAUGGGCAUUACUCAGGACUAUUCACGAGAACCCAAUGCAUUCCACAAAGGAGAAAAAACGUUUGCUUGGGCAGUUUUACAAAGGCCAUCCUCAGAUUUUCAUGCAGUAUUUUGAAAUCACAAGUUCAGCUGUCAAUGUGUAACUUAAAUUUACUGGUGUAUAUGUUGUACAAAGUAGUGUGUGUGUGUGUGUGUGUGUGUGUGUGUAUAUAUAAACUGUUUUUGUCAAUGUGUAAAUUUAUAUCUAAAUAAAAUGUUUUAUAGUGGUGUAUCUGUGUAAAUGAAUACUGUACAUGUUUAAAGCACUAAAAUUUGUGAGGAUCCGAAAAACUGAACAUACAGAAUGUAUGGUAUUUUAUAGUUGCUGUAUCCAUACUUAACUGUUUUCCUGCUUUGCUCAUACAUACCCUGUAUCUCAUUCGGUUCCACACAAGUGUAGAUUGAUUUGGACAAGUUAUCAAGUUUAGUAUCAAAUUAUGAAAAGUGAUUGUAUAUAAAUCAAUACACAGUUGUGUAGCACAUACGGCACAUGUAGAUUAAAAUUUUAAAACUGA